AUGAAAAAACAAUUAUUUGAAUACAUUCUUCAAAUUGAAAAUGAUGAACAUAUGGAAAAUGAAAAUUCGGGUAUAGAAUUUUUGUGUGAAAUAUCAACUACUUCAUUAAAAAGUAAAUCUCAUAAACUUGGAAAAGCAAUUGCCGAAAUAGUAGAAUUGGUUGACAGAUAUUAUUAUUU